AUGUCGCGUAUGCCCUCAAGUUUCGAUGUGAGGGAGCAAGAACUGGACGAAAUGCCGUUCUUGGAUAAGAUCGUCUUCCACUGCAAGCAACAGCCAUUGGUUCCGUUAGGAGCUUUGCUCACCACUGGAGCUGUGAUAUUGGCUGCCAAGAACGUUAGAAGUGGUAACAAGGUGAAGGCUCAGGUGUACUUCAGAUGGCGUGUUGGCCUGCAAGCGGCGACUUUGGUCGCUUUGGUAGCAGGAUCUUACAUCUACGGCACGAGCGUGAAGGAGCAGAAGGCCAAAGAGGAGCAGAUGAGGGAGAAGGCCAAGAUCAGGGAGCAGCUGUGGAUUCAGGAGCUUGAGAGAAGAGACCAGGAGACCAAAUACAGGAAGAAAAGGGCUGAGUUGGCUCGAUUGAGGACCCAGAAGGAUGAGGAAGCCAUUGAGAGAUUGCAGAAGGAGUUGAAGGACCUGGAGUUCCAAAUUAGAGGUAAAACCGACUAA